GCAGUUAUCUAGGAAUCUGAGCCAAAGCAACCUCGCAAACAGAGAGAGAGAGAGGGCAAGAGGAAAAGGAGCACAAAGAGCAUGAUGAUGAACCAAGGAAAAAAAAAGAAAUGACAGCAGAUUAGAAAAAAAGGGGAGAGACAAGUGUAACUUUCAGAUCUAUUACAAGGACUGGUCUGCAAACACUUGCUACCUGAAGAGAAUUUUAUAGAGCGAUAAAAGUGAAGCAAAAGUUUGCUGAGAGUUACAAAAAACAAAAGAAAGGUCCAAGGACUUACAGCUGAGAGGAAGGGGGCUCAACACUUUUGGGAAUACCUGGACCUGGACAAAAAAACACAAGGAAAAGACUCUGUUUCUAAACUUCACCAUGUUUUUUUUUAGUUCUUUGGGUUUGCUUUCUCUGCUGUUUCUGCAUGUCGGAGCUUUGCUGUCUUCAGAUGCAUCUCCAGCCUGCACACGCCCUCCCUGCAGGGACACUCUGGUGGCAGCACCUGUCCAGUCUGGCACCAGGGUGUGUGAGGGUCAAACUGGGACAGCAGGCUGCAGGAUGGGUCUCUCACUCCCAGCCAUCUCAAACGUACCUCGGAGGGUGGAGCACAGGCACGAUUUCUCUCAGGUCCAGCAUAAGGUAAGACACGAAACCUGGAGUGCGCUUGUCCAAAUAAGACUUACUCAUUCCUACCAACAAAUAUUAAAAAUCAUUGUAAUUACAUUAGGUUGUAUUAUAAUAAAUACUCCCUAUAACAAUUCAAAUCAAAUCUAUCUUAGCCAUGUAAAAGCAAGGGGAUAAGAAAAUUCUGACAGAUACAUUGCAGAAAUAAGCUCUGCUUGUUUAAUGACCAUGUGCUAGUAAGACUGAGCAGUCCCCUCUGUCUGAGGCCAGCAGGUCUCUCCUCAUGGGACAGUCAGCUCACUAAACUUGGCACUGCUCAACAGCCAUGGAGCAAUGACAGUCAGCAAUCAAAGAAGGGAUAAAAUUAGGGCAGCUUUCAAAAGGUCCCCCAUCAUAUGGUUGUGCUGAGCUCAUGCAGUAACAGGUGUGAGGACGGCGAUUACACAGGCUGAUGUCAGUGUAAGAGACAGGUUGAAUGUGACACAAAGUGUGGCACUGAACUAAGAGGCCUGUGCUUUUAGCUUUUUUAAAAUGCAGAAACAAUUUUACACAAUUAAGCAUCUUUGUCCAGCUCCACAUGACAAUUCCAUUCAUUUUCAUUCAUUUACAGCUUUAAGAGCAUAGGAAAAAUUCACAUGCAGAUACAUGGAAAAUACAGACAUAUGUCACAUUAAAGGGAUAUUUCAGUGUGAAAUUAAGUUAGGGUCAAACACACCAUAACAGCGAUCAAGAGAUGAAUGUUGCCGACUGCUUGCUUUUCUAAUUAAACCAACUUCAGUAACAACCGCACAACAGCAAUACACAGCAGUCCCAGAAAACACCACUCUAUAGCCACAAAUAAUGCUCAGAACAGCACUUAACUUCAUCAACAGUACAUAUAGGGUCCCAGCCAUAGUACUAGCCACCAAACAUCUUUUUAACUUUGCCUGAUUUCUUUAGCAAAGAGACUAAACACAAUUCACCUACUCUCUUCCAGCAGCCGCUUGUUUGUAGCAAGACCUCAGGCCAGUACAUUACUGCAGUGGGGUGACGCAGCUCAAGGAAGAUCAUUUAUGAUCAUUUCUUCAUGGAAAUGCAAUCAGACCAAGAUGCUAAGGCAGAAGAAAUACUGCGUCUGCAGUGCAAAAUGAUUAAUAUGAUGAUUAUUACUUUAAGGAAAUGAUAAAGCAAUGAUCAUAAAUAUUCUUCCUUGAGCUGCGUCGACCCGCUGCAGUCGAUGGACUCGCCCGAGGUCUCCCUACAAACAAGUGGCUGCUGGAAGAGAGUAGGUGAGUUGUGUUAAGUCUCUUUGCUAAAGAAAUCAGACAAAGCUAAAAAGAUGUUUGGUGGCUAGUACUAUGGCUGGGACCCUAUAUGUACUGUUGAUGAAGUUAGGUGCUGUUCUGAGUAUUAUUUGUGGCUAUAAAGUGGCGUUUUGUUUGAGGUUUGUUUAUGGCUGCUCAGACCGCUGUGUAUUGCUAUCGUGCGGUCGUUACUAAAGUUGGUAUAACUAGAGAAGCAAGCGGUCGGCAACAUUCAUCUCACGACGGGUCGUCUAACUCGGUGUUAUGGUGUGUUUUGACCCAAACUUAAUUUUACACUGGAAUAUCCCUUUAAAACACGGUAUUUGAUACUUAGACAUGGUAACCUCACAUUACCAGUGUCACAGAUUUAAAAGCACAGAUUUUUCCCUCUCUGCCCAUGAUGUCAGAUGAAAAUGGUGAAUUGAGUGGAUUGCUAACUGUGUAAUAUAUGACACAAUAUCCAAUCAAGAAGUACAUCUGAGCACUGUCUUUGCAGCCUGGAGGUGUGAAAGAGCGUCUGGUUCAGCUGCAGCGUUGCAUGCGCUCCCUCCAGGAAACAGGGGGCCAGGACAGUGGCUCUCUAGGGGCCAUCUUGGCUCUGAUGGCAGCUGUACUGACAGAGUGUGACCUCCACUGUCACAGUCAGGCCCUUGGGGUGAUGGCCAAACAACUGGGUGAGGAGAACACAUCUAUAUCACCUGUCAUGGCAACACAUGAACGAAUACGCACACAAUAAGCACACACACACCAAAACACACAUACAAAAUGCCAGUGCAGUCACUCCCCCACACAUAGUAAACAGAACCUCAAUGAGGCCUACUAAGUACCGGUCAUAGGUGAGUGCAUAGGAAUUUCACUGCACUGGGAACAGUGAGACUAACCCUUUAGUACUGCACACACAGCCACACAUACUCUAUGGAUCAUGAUGCUUUAAAGAGUCAUGAUCCAAACUUGAAGUCCUUUAUGUAGAUUAUGAAGACAAAGCUUCUAUUCUUAAACGCUGACAUCAGUGUGAUAACCCAAUCUAUCUCUGGGGUGACAGAGAGUGCAGCUGUGGGGAGAGAGGGGGAAAAAGACCUGCUGCUUUUACUGAAGAGCAUCACACAGUUUCCACCCACAGGUAAGUGCACAAUGAGAGAUCAAAUGAUACAACUAUUGUCGACAGCAGCUUGAAUUUAAAGAAGUGGUUUGUGUGGUUAUUAGUUGCCCCUAUGGAGAGGUUACAUCCUCAGGACUGUGCAGAGAUUUACAAGCUUGGGAUCAAAGAGAAUGGCAUCUACACCAUUCAGCCUGACCUGCACAGACCAGCCUUGGAGGUAUUUUAGCCUCACCACACUCAUAAAAACACAGACGGACCCACGCCUUGCUUCUCUUCUUUUAGAGGUGUGCAUGCUCUGUGCUGAUCACCAAAAUCUAGGCUUUAUAAUAUCUUUGUUUUGGCUUAGGCUAAAUGUGACAUGGAGACGGCCGGCGGUGGGUGGACAGUGGUCCAGAAUCGGCAGGACGGCUCACUUGACUUCAACAGGACAUGGCAGGAAUACCGGGAGGGCUUUGGAAGUCCGCAGGGAGAGCUGUGGCUGGGGAACGCAGCCCUUCAUGCCCUCACCUCUAGUGGACAACACCAAGUCCGUAUAGAGCUGGAGGACUGGCACCAACAGAAGCGCCAUGCAACCUACAAUAACUUCAAAGUGGCCUCAGAGGCACAGAGGUGAAGCAUGGUGCAGAGGCACUAACAUGCUUUCUGCAAAAGAUACCCUCUAAAUUUGCCUCUCAGCAUCAAGUAUUUCUGUUGAACAUUUACAACAAAGUAUAUGCAACAAUUAAAGUUGCAUCCAUAAAUUGUAUAUAAAAGUGGAGCUGUCUUAAAUUCUGUCUCAUGAAACAGGAUCUACUAAAUCAAAUGAGGAAAAAGCCCCACUUCCUGUUUUAAAUAUUCAGUUGAUUGUGAAAAAUCUUCUGCAGCUCAGCAUGAUGGGAAGAUGAGCUCUCAUUAAGAGUCACAUCAUUUUACAAGCAAAGUGCACCUAAGUCAGGGGUGUCAAAAUCAACCACAGCAAGGGCCAUAAUCUGGAUUUAGGUCCAACUUGAGGGCCAAACAGGGUCAACAUUUCACCAAAACUGUCAACCUCCUUUUAAAAAACUAUGCAAAACAAAAACAGCAAUGACUAUAAAUCAUUUGGAAAUUAAACAAAGAUAAAAAGAAAAAUGUUUAAAGGCAAUCUUAGAUGGAAAAAUGUAUUUUUUAUUUUAUUUUUUAUUCUAUUUUUAUUUAUUAGUUCAAAAAAUCAGAUCAUGAUAUUAAAAACAGAAAAAUAAUGCUUUUAAAGAGCAAAUACGUUAGGGGAACAUUGAAAUCAGGUUUAAAAGGUCAAAAUAUGUCUUAGAAUUUAAAAUUGGAAGUAUAAAAAUUACACAAGUCUAAAAACUGAGUUGAAAAAAAUCAAAGCAUGAAAUAAAAAAUCCAAUCAUGUUUGACUUGUAAUCUUGAAAUGUGAAAUUGAAAACAUGAAAAAACACCAAAUAUUUUUUCCCCACAUUCUUGACUAUUUAUCAAAUCUGUCUUACUCUUUAAUUUCCCAGAUUUUCGUGGCUUAUUGAGGACAUUUUAGAUAAUGGUGCUAAAGUUUACAUUAUUAUACUGGAGGAAAUCUGCUGACCUCAUACUGGUGGGCCAAUAAUAAGACAAAUAUGAUAUGAUCUUGUGGGCCAGAAAUAAUUGUUCCACGGGCCAGAUUUGGCCCCCGGGCCUUGAGUUUGACACCUGUGACCUAAGUGAAUAGGUUUGGGUUGAAUUACUGGUUCUGGCAUAAUGAGCCAAGAACAACACAACUGUCUUUGGAGUCUGAUUCAAUUGAAAGUCUCACUCCAAUCACUUUUUCUUCUUUAAUACUCAAAGUGAUCUCAGUGGUCUCAAAAUUGUGAUUAUGAAGUUUUUACCAAAAAUUGCGUUACCUGUGUCAUUUUCAAGGGCUUUUCUUCUGCAGAGCUCCAGUAGAUCAUUGGCAAUUCGCCUCUGAGUCGUGGGCUGAGACAGCACUGCUCUGCACACUUGUCUUCACGUUAGCUUGCAGCCUAACAUUGCCUGUGUAGUAGAAGUGGCACGUAACAAAGGAGCUAUUCAGCUCUCCGACACAAUGUCUUUAGGGACACGAUGAAAGCUAAUAUCAUAACUAGCUUUCUUACGAGCAUUGCAAUCCGCUAACGCACACGCUUGUUCCGCAAUCAUCCUCUCUAUUUCUCCUCUAUAUGCAGAGUGUGGCUUGCAUUGUGGGGCUCCGGGGGCAGAGCUUGGAGUGGUUUGUAUGAACUCUCACUCUGCCUCCUCGCUGGGUGAAGCCACUCCGAGAACGGCACCCCCUGGUGACAGGCUGCAGUAUAGGUCAUAAAUCCUGCCUCCUCCUGCGAAGCUUAUUGGGGCUGUGGACAAGCUUUAGAAAUUUAUUACACAGAAUAUAACCCACCAUGUGCUCAAGUCCUUUUUUUUCUGUACAGCUCCAUUUUUAAAAGUUAUUAGGAGGUUCAUGUUUUCUAUGAUUGACCCCUGAUACAGAAUCUGGGCAUACAAAGAUUGUGUAGCUCACCCGGUGGAUACACUGUUUGAGCCGAGCAUAAUCACAGUGACUCUUGGUGACUCUCACGCCGAAUGCGUACAACGCUACUCCGCAAGUGGUGGAGUGCAUGCAACGCUACUGCGCAAUGUUGGUUUCAGGAAAUGAAAAAAAAAAAAAACGUGGAAAUGCUUUUUGGCUUCAAAUCUGUAUACUGGUGGAAGACAGAACCAAGUUGUCCAUAGUAUAUACAGUCUAUGGUCUGAACCUGCCGUUUGGGUCUGCUAGAGAUUCACAGCGAUUUGAAUGCAGAAAUACUCAGAAAAGCAAAUUCAAAUUUAGUUCUCUCAUGAUAUGUCCUGUAGCAUCAGAAAAAUGCCAUAUGAACAUAUUAAAAACAAACAAAAAAAACCCAUCAUUUUCAUCUGGAUGGGUCUUUAAACAUGUCAGGUACAAGAACCAAAGCUGUCUCUGAUCUCUGCCUUUAAAUAGGAACAAGAUACCAAGGGUUCAUGUUUUUGUGUGAAUUGACUGAAAGAGAGACAAAACUUUGUGGGGUUUUUUUAUGUGGUCCGUUAAAAAUAUUCAAAACAGAAUAUUAUGCACAACCUUAAAAAUAAAACUGUGUCUCGUUUUUAUUUUCCAGAUAUCGUCUGACAGCGCGGGAGUACUCAGGUGAUGCAGGCAAUGCUUUGAGCUACAGCAAACGAUACAACCACGAUGGCAGAUCCUUUAGCACAGCUGACCGAGACAACGACCGAUACACAGCCGGGAACUGUGGUCAGUACUAUGGUGCAGGCUGGUGGUUUGACGCCUGUCUGGCAGCCAACCUGAAUGGACGGUAUUACCCAGGGCGUUACAGUGGGGUGACAAAUGGUAUCUACUGGGGUACUUGGUACAUCCUGACAGAUGGACGAACAGGGGAGCGCUACUCCUUCAAAAGGGUAGAGAUGAAGACAAGACCCAGGAACUUUGCAGGAACAUCCUAAAUAGGAAGAUACAAUUUUCAAGCACGCUAUUUUUUGAACCACAGUAAUAUCGAGCCAAAAAAUUUGCAUUGGCCUUUUCCAUGAUAAAUAUUUUACUAGAUAUUUAUGUGGCAGCUUUUUCUGUCACUUCUUAGUUACAUACAAAUGGCAGCUAACAGAUAAGAGAAUUAACCAUUGAGAAAAAAGUCAUUACACUCUGUUUUACCCACCUCGUAUAUAGAUUGUUUUUUAAUGGUACUCUCACCUGCAGAUCCAAAUUUAAACCAAUGUUUAAAACAGACACAUAAAAAUGGUAUUGAUGAUACUGCUUGUGAAUGUUGUUAUAUUAAAUUUCUAUCAUCUCUACAUUCAAAA